UGCUGCACUUCUUGGCUCUAAGGAAAAGGGAAAGACACACACACUCUGCUCUGCACAUCCAUAAACUGAUCCCCACUACGACCAGUGACAGGAGUGUUGGAUCUAAAUAGGGUGGUCCUGCUGACUGAAAUGGCGUCCACUCUAAAGGUCCUAGGCUCUCUGUGGGCUCUGCUGUUCACUUUAUCCGGGCUCCUUGUACACGGCCAGAACCUUUCCUGGAGGGAAUUUAUGAAACAGCACCACCUAAGCACAAACUGGGCAUUCAGCAAGUACCAAUGCAACGAUCUGAUGAGGGAAAGAGGCAUUCCCAAAGACAAGAACUAUCACGUCUUCAUCUAUACCUUAUGGCACAAAAUUGAGCGUAUAUGCCUGCGGAACUGGAGAGACCGCUACAGAAAUGUAUAUAUAUGGGCCCCAGAUCCCUUCAAGACACUCAAGUGCAUCCGGAAGAACAGCAAAAGCAGUUACAAAGAUUACAAGAGCUACAGCUACAUUGAAUUCCAUUGCAGCAUGAAUGGGUUUGUUGAUGUUGUAGAGGACAUGCGGUUAUUAGAGGAUAUCGGCAACUAGAAAGUCCAACCAGACCCACAGCUUUCAGUGUUCAGUGCUUCCAAGUGGUGGCCCCACCUACAUCAAGAGCCCUUACAUUUAUGGGCCAAUAUUUCCAACUACUUAGAGUUGUUUCACAUGGUUUCUUGCUCUCACAACUUCGCCUGUGUUGUCUCUCUGCCUGAAAUACCCUUCUGCUCUCAUUUAUCUGAUUUCCUUCUAUAUGUUUGUUUGCUUGUUUGUUUUUAAAGAUUCAGCACAUAUGGCAUCUUUCUGACUAAUCUGGGAAAUUUUCCGAUAUUGAUUCUCCUUAUACUUUUGCAAGCUGAAUGAUC